AUGUCGAUUUAAAUUAUUUGUUUAUUAGGUAAUUUUCUAAUCGUACAACCGUAAACUAAACACCGGUUACAGAAAACAGGUUUCGUAUAUAUGUGAUUAACAAAGUUUAUAAAAUUAAUACGUUGACCAAAAUCAAAACGAUUGUGGCACUGAACAGCAAAAACUGGAGCGUGGCAUAACAGAAUUAAAAUUCGGUGUCGCGUGAAAUAAGGUCACCUGAAACGAACAAGGCACACGUAGAUCAGAGUUUCAAUAACAAAUCCGCCCCUUGAAGGAUAAUGGAAACAAAUGGAAAGUUUUCGCAACAAAAGGCGGGAGCUCUUUAUUCGCGCUUAUGUGAAUGUUGAAGUGUUUGUUUCGAGUCAUGAUUUCAGUGUUGCCAAAAUAAAAAUGUUGUAAUCGUUUUUGGAAAAAUAGUUGUAUUUACCUAAAUUUGGAAAACAUACCUUGUUUCUUUUGAUUAAGAUGACUUUUUGCUUUUCGUCUGGAAACACUGGCAUGGUGUGUCCAAAAGAAUUCGUUUCGAUGGUUGUGUUCGUAGUUUUUGAGUGUAAGCGAAAGUACGUGGUAAGGUUAACGAUGCAGUCAACUAUAAACUACGAUCAACUUAAAGUUGUUAAUAGUACAGCGGAAGACAGGAUCGAAUCACGACAUGAAAAUUUCAUGAAAACUUUCACCAGCGUUUUUGUGAAGCCCGAGCCUGUGAAGCCGGGAAUGCCAACCAAACCAACGAUAGCGUUUGAACUGGGCCAUGCUGGUUUGAAUCGACCCAAAUCCAGAUAUGCGGCGGUAAGAGGCAAAAUCACACGAAAAACGGAGGACCCACCUACUGUGUACGAUGAUCCAAGAGUACAUGAUGUUAGACUUCAUAUAUCAAAGCAUAAAAAAGGUUUGCAAACUGAAACAGCUCCGGACGAUCUGGUAUUGGCAAAAGAUCGGAAUAUUGGGUGUCUGAGAAUGCUGAUGAAGAAGUUGCCUUUUGAGAGAACACGCAAGGAACACAAAAGGGUGUAUCGUCUACUACGCGAGCUGUGGCCUUCUGAACUUGCUUGCUUGCUCGAAGAUAGUGGUGACAGUCACCCAGUGCUCCGCGAACUCGCAACAGUGGCAGCUUUGGAUAGUUACGGAGAAGCGGGACUGACAGUGUUCGGAAACACUGGCCUACAUAUGAUUCUUCGUGGAUCUGUAAGACCGCAAACUCUUCCAUAUAUUCGUGCAGGGUUGUCUACUGAAGAUGACGCUGAAGUAUUUCCUUCCCCCACCCCUUUGCUUCGGAGAAAAAUGGGGAAACUGCAACAUGGCGAUUGGUUCGGGACCCUUGAAAAGGUCGAAGGUCGAGAGGUCAACACAAAGGUCAUGACCUCCGUCACCUUAGAACCGUGCCAAUUUUUAAAGAUCGCAAUAGCGGAUUACAAGCGCAUUUUGGAACGAAUAAAGGAGCGAAUUCAAGCCGAAAAGACAACCGUUGUUCAAGCGAGCGACUUAUAUAGAAAUUGGCCCGGAUUAUCACUUCGAAAACUGGCCGCACUGGUUGAAUGGCAAACCAUACCUGGAAACACUGUUGUUAUACCAGAAGGAGAAAUCGCUCCCUUCAUAUUUUUCCUCAAAAAGGGUAAAUGCGACGUCUUCAAGCAAGUGGAGGCAAUCAAGACUCUUCCGAACGGUAGAAGAAAAAAGCUCUUCCGGAGCGUGAGGAUGGGAUCGUUAAGGGAGGGAGACUCGAUCGGAGAGGACAGUUUGUUGGAAAAGAAACCUUUGUCUUGUUCCAUCGUGUCUUGCGAAGAUUUGGAAGUUGGUGUUAUUACAUUGGAAAGACUUGAGUUGUUGGACCCCACCACACGUUCCUUGCUUUCUCAAAGCUCUCGGCCAAAGUUUGAUGACGUCACUGAUGACAUCAUUCAAGAGAACUUCGUUCAGCAGGAAAUGAAAGACGAUUGGGCAGAGUUGAAACGUAACGUGUUACUUCGAACUAUUAACUACUGUGGUAUUCGACCCGGUUACGGAAAAUGGGCGAAAUAAAAAUAUAAAUUCUUGGUU